AGAGAAAGAGUUUUCUCUCUCCUCUCUCCAUAUUCACUGUUAUCACCAGGUCCACUCAAACGCAGUAGACAACCAUAACCACAUCCCCUUUCCUCUCUCUCUCUCUCUCUCUCUCUCUUUCAUGUCAUCUAUAUAACACCGCUUCCGCUCCUCAGCCUCACCACACACGCACAACCAAAGCCAGCCAAAUAUCACCUCCCAGCAAUCUCUCUCUCUCUCUCUCUCUCUCCGAUCGCCGGGCCUCCGAUCGUCUUCCUCGGCUCCGGCGAGCCUCGACCACCGGCGUGGCAAAAGGGUAGGAAAGGUAAGGUAAGGUGGAAGGGGUGGGGUAAUACCCGGGACAGUCGAGUUGCAGACAUCACGGCUAUACACGGAGCAACGUCGCCUCUACUCAUACAUGUCCGUUCCGGCCGCCGCAAGGGUUGUCAUUGCGUGACCGCGAACGUCGGCAACCCUUCGCCGCACGGCGGGCGCGGCGCUCUCCCCUCCGAAGGCGGCAGCCCCUCCGAUCUCCUCUUCCUCGCCGGCGGCGGUCCUUCCUCCCCCUCUCCCCUCUACUAAUUACUAUUAGGUUUUUUGUCAUCUUUUGCCUACAUCGUGUUUAAGCUUCUAGGGUAUUACUUCCGUACAGUUCCGCUCUGAUUCUUGAGAGCAAGCGUCGUCAGGGUGGGGGAAAUUUAGAUCUGUCUGGUUCCAGUCGCUUGAGAAUAGCUAGGGUCUGUGUUUGGGGCUUUCGGUUCAUUGCUGUUGCGUAGAGGGACUUAGCUAGAAAGAGUAGGAAAGAUGAUGCUCAAGAUUAAGAGGGUUCCGACCGUAGUUUCGAACUACCAGAAAGAGGAAGCCGAGGAGGGUGCUCGCCGCGGAGGGGGUUGCGGCCGGAACUGCCUCAACAAAUGCUGCAUUCCAGGGGCGAAGCUCCCUUUGUAUGCUUUCAAGAGGGUGAACUUUGUUGCUGAUGAGAAGGCUGGGAUCGUGGGUGAGAAUGCAGAGCCACCCGUCGCCUUCCUCGACUCGCUUCUUCUGGGGGAGUGGGAGGACCGCAUGCAGAGGGGUCUAUUUCGCUACGACGUAACUGCCUGCGAAACCAAGAUCAUACCUGGUGGAUAUGGAUUUAUUGCCCAGCUGAACGAGGGUCGCCAUCUCAAGAAGAGGCCAACUGAAUUCCGUGUUGAUAAGGUCCUCCAGCCCUUUGAUGGAAGCAAGUUCAACUUCACUAAAGUUGGGCAGGAAGAGAUCCUCUUCCAGUUUGAAGCAAGUGAAGAUGGUGAAGUGCAAUUCUUCGCAAAAGCUCCAAUUGAUGCGGACAACUCCCCUAGCGUUGUUGCUAUAAAUGUCAGUCCCAUUGAAUAUGGGCAUGUGCUGUUGAUUCCUCGUGUCCUCGAAUGCAUGCCUCAGAGGAUUGACCGCGAAAGCUUCUCUCUUGCGCUUUAUAUGGCUGCAGAAGCUAGGAAUCCAUACUUCCGUCUUGGUUACAACAGCUUGGGUGCCUUUGCCACCAUCAAUCAUCUCCAUUUUCAGGCAUACUACUUGGCAGUUCCCUUUCCGAUAGAGAAGGCUCCUACCCAGAAAUUAACUGCUUUGGAAUCUGGAGUUACAAUCUUUGAACUUGUCAAUUAUCCAGUCAGAGGUCUUGUUUUUGAGGGUGGAGACACCGUGCAAGAUUUAUCCAAUGCAGUUUCUGACUCCUGCAUUUGCCUCCAAGAUAACAACAUCCCUUACAAUGUCCUGAUCUCUGAUUGUGGGAAGCGGAUUUUUCUCUUACCCCAGUGCUAUGCUGAGAAGCAAGCUCUAGGGGAAGUGAAUUCAGAGCUUCUGGAUACCCAAGUGAACCCAGCUGUCUGGGAAAUCAGUGGGCAUAUUGUCCUGAAGAGGAAGAAGGACUUUGAGGAGGCAUCUGAAGAGAAUGCUUGGCGUCUUCUUGCAGAGGUUUCUCUUUCUGAGGAGAGAUUCCAAGAAGUAAAUGCUCUGAUAUUUGAAGCCAUUGCAUCUGUGGAAAAUGGGGGGCAAGACAACCCUGAUGUGGAACCUCAAGCACCGAAAGAUGUUGAUGUCGCGAAGCAGAGCUCCCGCCCUGCAAUGGUGGCUGGAUCGCAGGAGUGCCUGGUCCGGCAGUGAGAACUGGGUAUGUGAGGGAGAGGAACAGGCACUGCUUGUAUCUACAAGCCAACCAUCAUGGUUUGGCAUAUUGCAGUAUUGGUACCCCUGUGGAUGCUACUAAUUGAUGGAAUAAGCAAACCAUGUUUGCUCAGUACGUUGUGUAUUAGCAGUGUAGCUGCUUGUGUAUGCCGUGUACUAGUUCCUCUUCCAUGUAGUCCGGGGCCUGUUUUAUGGAGGUCCACUGUUGAUUAUGUCAACUGCUAUGUCAUAUUUGUUUGGUAGAUUGAUGAUCGCUUGGUCUCAAUGUUGCUUGUGAGAAGGUUCCCCUACCCAAGUAAAGAUUGGCUACUUCUAUCUGCUAUUGAUUUA